AUGAAGACCGUAUCAACUCUUUUAGUUAUAUGCCUUACAAUAACAGUCAUAGGCAACGCUGCCGCCCUCUCUAAGAACAGCAAGAUGCCCACCCAGCCAAUCAAGUUGUACUAUUUACCACCUUCACCUCCUUGUCGUGCUGUUGUGAUGACUGCGAAAGUACUGAGCUUAGACCUGGAACUCAUUCCUACCAACAUUUUGGAAGGAGCCCAUUUGACACCCGAGUAUACCAAGAUGAAUCCUCAACAUACUAUACCAACUAUGGACGACAGUGGGUUCAUUUUAUGGGAAAGUCGCGCAAUCAUGGCUUACCUGGUGAAUGCUUAUGGUCGUGACGACUCUUUGUAUCCAAAGAAUCCUCGUCAGCGUGCCAUAGUCGAUCAGCGAUUAAAUUUCGAUAUCGGUACCCUGUUUGCGAGAUACGCCGGUUUAUAUAUCCCAAUGCUAUUCCGAGGUGAAGAAUAUAGUGAAGAAAAUGCUAAGAAACUGAAUGAAGCAUUAGGCUGGUUGGACACAUUCUUGGAUGGUCGCGCAUUCGUAGCCGGAGAAAACCUUACCAUUGCUGAUAUUACCAUAAUUGUUACUAUUACAAAUAUUGACGCGUUCGGUUUCGACUUCAGCCAACACGAAAACCUGAAGAAGUGGUACGAGAGGACCAAGAAAGCUUUGGAACCUUACGGCUACCAUGAAAUAGACAUGGCAGGGGCACAAAUGUUAGCUUCUUACUUGAAGAAAGGUUGA